AUGGCUGCUCCGAACGCCGACAUGGCCCAAUUUUUCGACUUUGGCGAAGCAGCUAUGCCUAAUGUGCCUCAAGAGCAAAGUCAAGAUAUGUCGAUGAUAGAGACAAGCGAAAGCCAGCUUCUCGAUGCUUUCCUGGAAUCAGGCAACGUUCAAACAGAGGAGUUCAAUACGGACUUUUCCAGUUGGCUACCUGGAUAUCAGAAGCCAGCAAGUCCAUGCGAAUACUGUCGUUCGAAGUCCCUCGAAUGCUUCAUUUAUAAUGCCAAGGGCGAUGGAACAUCAGGUUGCUCGCCUUGCAACAAUCUCUUCCGGCCUUGCAGCUUCUCUAAUCCUGAAGUGAUGCCGUACCAGCGACAGAGGACUGCCCUCGACACGCUAGAUGUUGUGGGCGAAAACGACGUUCACCAAUGGGGCGGUUUGACCCGUAGGAAACAGUUGAGAUCUAAAGGUCACAUUGGCCCUAUUGACGACGAGACAGGGGAUCUCGGGCCUAAGAAAGGCGCCGCUGCCUCUCGGUUCCCACGAGCAGCUGUCAAGAUCCUGAAAGACUGGAUGCUUGAGCACCAUGAUCAUCCUUACCCGACUGAAGAGGAGAAGGAGAUCUUGGGUCAACAGACCGAUCUCACGCCCGGUCAAAUAUCGAAUUGGAUGGCCAAUACACGGCGAAGGCAGAAAGCAAGACCUAAGCGAAGCUCUUCGCCUAGUAUUCGACCAUCGACAGAAGCCCUUAAUAUCCCACCGGGUAGAACAUGGGAGUCUCUGAAUCCUUUCGAGCGAUGGAAGCACUCUCCACCCGAAAACGAACCUGCCCCUUUGACGGCUAUUGCCCAGGCCGUGGAAACCUUCGAUCUGCCGGAGGAUAGCAGCGCCUACAGCAGCUACCAGCAACAUUCUUCCAACAAGAGUACCGAUAGCUUCUCGGUGUUUAGGGCGCCCUCGCUGUCGUCUUUGGAGACUGGUUUCACGAACAUGUCUUCUGGAUCUCUCGGUUCACACAACACAGCCUAUUCGCAUGGUUCUAAGCACUCUCUUGGAUCCCUGAACAGUCUGAAGUCUAAAGAGAGGCGCAGGCGGCGACGUAUUCCAACUCGAGCCCCCAAGGAUACCGAGAAGGAAGUCCCUCGUCUCUGGCAGUGCACAUUUUGUACUGACCGAUUCAAGUCGAAGUACGACUGGUCGAGGCACGAAAAAAGUCUUCAUUUGUCCCUCGAAAAAUGGAUAUGUGCUCCGUUGGGGCCCGUGGUCGCUGAUGCCGCGACUGGUAAGAGCAAGUGUGUCUACUGUGGUGAACUCGACCCGAGUCAAGACCACAUUGCUACUCACAAUCACUCUGCCUGCGAAGAGAAGGGCCUGGAGUCCCGUACAUUCUACCGGAAAGAUCACUUACGACAGCAUCUGCGACUCAUGCACGAUGUCAAGACGACAUCAGCCAUGGAUUCGUGGAAAUCUGAAGCACAGUACAUCAAGUCGAGAUGUGGCUUUUGCAGUAUGGACUUCGACAAAUGGCAAGACCGAAAUGACCAUUUGUCAAAAGAAUUCCGCAACGGUGCUGAGAUGAAGAACUGGAAAGGCUGUCGCGGUCUUGACGCUUCAGUCGCUGUACACGUCACUAACGCAAUGCCUCCGUAUCUUAUCGCAAACGAGAGCAAGUCCCCGUUCCCAUUCUCAGCGACCAACGCAAGCAGCUGUAGUCGUAUGCCCGUUUUGCUCGGAAGCAAGGACAUCGAAUACCUGGUACCGAACACCGGAAAUAUUUCAGAUGCCUACCAGAAUGAUGGACGUUAUGCUGGGCCCAUUGUACUUCAAACCACAACCGCUCAGGAUUAUUCGCCCUCGGAUUCGCCUAACAACAAUUCACGUGCUACUUGCUGGGAGAUUCUGACCCUACGCCUGGGACGCUUUGCUCGCCAGCACAUUGAGAAACAUGGGGCAGGAACAGUGUCUGACGAUAUGCUCCAAAAAGAAGCUCGAAUUAUCCUUUACGGGGAGCCUGAUGAUCCAUGGCAUCAAACUGCGGCCGACAAUCCGGAAUGGCUCGAACUUUUUAAAAAAGCGCAUGGCAUUGAUCACACCAUUCAAGUAACAGGCAUAUACUCUCCACACGAGAUCUUCGAAGACCUCGGUCUCAACUCCUCCGCCCAACUCGACCCCAGUUUCAACAUCAAGAAUCUGACUGACUUCGAUGUGUCAACCUUGCCCGUCGAUGACCCUGCUCGUGCCGUAGAAUUCGAGUGCUUACUGUCGGGCACCAUCGCCAUGUCUGAACGUGCACGCCACCUAUCUGCUACACGAUCGUCCAGCGUCCCUCACCUGACAGGCUCGGCGUGUGCUUCGCCAGCAACCACUGCAUCGCGACGUGCGUCUGCGAUGCAUAUGGCGCCCGUCACUGAACAAAGUUGCGCGGAUAUUGAUCUGACCAAGGCAAUGGAUUCCCAUCUCCCGAGCUGGGACCAGUUACCAAGCGAGUUCCAAAACCCUGCAGUAAGCUCAGGCUUUGAACCUACAGUUCCACUAGACGCAACUACCAGUGCGAUGGAUAUGAGUGCGACAAGUGGAUUACCGACCAUGACGUGGGAUGACCAUGAGUUGAAUUUCGACAUGGAGAUGGACCUAGAUUUUGCGACGGAGAUGGCUAAUGCUGGAAUGAAGGAGUAAGCGUUAUGAAAUAGACUUGUGAAGCUAGUUUGUGUACAU